CAAUUGCUAGAAGGCUUCAAACGGAAUAUUUAAUUUUCAAUAGCUCUUUCAGCAUGGAGUGUUUGGCGUACCAACAACUUCUAUGAAGAUAAACUUUUAUUUCAUUGCUACAAAGAAAAUUCUAAUUCAUCAUGAUGGAAAAGAAGGUUAAGCUGAGGACUGUGAACUCCUGUAUCACAUGUACACUGUGUCGAGGAUAUCUUAUAGAGGCCACAACCAUUACAGAAUGUUUACACACAUUCUGCAAGAGCUGCCUUGUACGGUACUUAGAGGACCACAAUUCCUGUCCAAAAUGCCAAACACUCAUUCAUCAAAGCCAUCCAAUGAACUAUAUCAGUCAUGACAGAACUAUGCAGGAUAUAGUGUAUAAAUUGGUGCCAAAUCUCCAACAAAAGGAAUUAAGACGUCAACAGGAGUUUUACAGAAAGCAUGCUUCCCAGGGUAUUAAACCAGAAUGUGAAGAUUUGAAUGACAACCAUACAGAGAAUGCUGUGGCUGCAAAAGAGGAAAACAAAGACUUCCAUCGUAAUGAUGAGCAGUUAAAUGUUUGUUUAGAGUGUCAAGGAACUAUGAAAAACUUAAAACGAAAAUACUUACGAAUCUCGUCACAAGCUACAGUCAGUCACCUAAAAAAGUUUGUGGCUUUAAAGCUUUACAGUGAUCAAACAAAGUACACCAAUAUUGAAAUUUUGUGUAAUGAUGAAUUACUAGGCAAACAUCACACUUUAAAGUUUGUGGCUGUUACAAGAUGGAGGGUAAAGGAUGGUCCAUUACUACUUCACUACCGACAGAAAACAUUGGACUUUUGAUUUUGGACACUUUCUCUCUUGAACACAAGAAAAAAAAUCCUGAUGUUGAUGAUCUCUGCAGAAUUUUCAUAAACUGAAGAGGACUUUUCUCUCUCCAGAAAGUGUACAUUAGAUGUGUGAAGUGCUCCUUUGUUUCUACGGAAAGUAAACAUCAGUUGUCUGAAGUGCUCUGUUGUCUCUGUUGAAAGUGAACUUAGAUGUCCUAAGUGCUCUGUCGUCUCUGUUGAAAGUGAAGAUCAGAUGACUGAAAUGUCAACUCUCUCGACAACAAAUAUAUCGGAUAUCUGAAGUGCACUAUUCUUCUCUCUACAUAAAGUAAACAUAGGAUAUCUGAAGAGCUGUAUUCUCUUAACAACAAAUAAAUAGAUGUUAACUGAAGUGACUACUACACUGAGGAAUCACGGAUCUGUAGUUACCACGAUAUUAUGCCACCUACUGACCUAUUUAUUGUAACUAGGGGAUACAUACAUACAGUUGACAUUAAUGUCAACACUCCAGUAGGUUUUCUUAUAAAUUUAGUGGGACCAGUUCUUUAUUGACAGACCAAUAUGCUGCUAUGGAAGAACAUGUAUUUUUUAAGGAAGAAUCAUAUAUAUAUAUAUAUACUAAGUAGGCUAGAACUACAUGUAUCAGUAGUCAUUUCUGAUGCAGAGGAUUUCAAACUAGUAGAUCAAGCAUAAUUCUCUUUCAGAAGAUGAUCAAGGAUGAUCAACUGUGAUAUUGGGAACCUGAAAGAGCUGUACAUGUAUUAGAGUGAUAAUGCUGAUGAAUGGAUUUUGUUACUUUGUUGAUGAUAAAUAUCUCAUUAAUGCUAUUACCAAGUUAUGAUCUGAAUUGAAAUAUCAACUGAUGUUGAGGAAAGGCUUUGAGACAUCAAAGUUUUUACUGAUAUGAUGUUAGUAAUCUUUGUUAUCGUAACAAAGAUUUUGCGUAAGAGGAAAGAGGAUGUUUUAUUUAUUCAUUUUGAUUAUUUGCCUCAGUUUAUUGCCACAUAAUUCACAUGAUUGACUAAAACUAAAUGUCUCACAGAUGUUGAUUCAUCACAUAUGAAGUGGCGUUUAUGACUGGAUUUAAUUUAGUCAUUAAAUUUCAGCCAUUAGUUUUAUGAUAGGUUUAAUUAACUUCAGAAAUAAUUGUAUUUUGAUGACUGUGAAUGUAAGAAAAAAAAACGAAAAAAAAACCCUAAUAAAUAUGACUGACUGGCUUUCUUUAGAUUUAAAUGGUUGGUUAGAGUUUGUUAUUAAAAAACUUCACAAUGUGGCUUUUCAUGGACACUGCUUUAUGUUGUAGGAAGUAGAUACAUGUCAGACCUAGCAGGAACAUUUGCAAUAGAGAAGUUCUAAGUACAUAGUAGUGGUUUCUUCUUACAGAUACAAUAAACUUUGUCCAGUUGUACAAUAUAGGUAAAUGUAUUUUGAAAUACUACAUAUCAAGUGACAGCAGUUUUUGUCUCUGUCCUACAUGUAUACAGGUAUAUUGUUAAAGAGAUGAAAAUGGGUCGUCAUAUCUGGAUAAAAAAGGAUAAUUGUUGUAUUGACUUGGAUAACAUGAGAACUCUAUGAUAUUUCAUUUUUAUUGAUAAAGUUAACACCUUAAGGUCAUUUAUUACUUUUUAGGUCACCUGAGACAAGGUCUCGGGGUGAUUUGUUGUGAUCCCCUUUUGUCUAGCGUCGUGCACUGUAAACUUUUAACAUUUUCAACUACUUCUGGAGAACUCCAGAACUGAUUUCAAUGAAAUUUUACUAAAACAUUCCAUGGCUAAAGGCGCACCAAAAUUGUAAAUCAUAUGGUACCCGACCCCCAGGGGCCUGGCCAAAAAGGAUCAAAUUGAUUGAAACUUCAGAAAUCUUCUCCUCAAAUCCCAGGUAUGGUAGAAUCAAGUAAUCUUCAUGGAUGGAAAGGCCUUCAGAUGCUUUACCAUAUUGUAAAUUUCAUGACCCCAGGGCCUCACAUUUCCCCCUGGGGAGGGGCUAAGGUUUACUAUAAUUUAUAUUGAACAUCAUUUAUUUUUUAUUGGAAAAAAUGUUCAAACCUGGAUAGAGUCAAGUGGGGCCAAAACUGGUCAAAUUGACUGAAAUUUCAAAGAUGUUUGACUGUUCCUGGAUGGUAGAUUUUAUAUAGGAAAAUUCAAAUCUUGAGUGUAAUUUCUUUUAAAUCAAACUUGGUUAGAAGCCUUGGCAUGGGACAGAAGUAAAUGUAUAAACAAUUUACAUUUGCAUUUUGUGUACAAUAUAGUUUAAGUUAUAUGACUUUUUUUUAACAAAAUCAUUUCUAUGACAUGUUACAAGAAGCGAUCAGGUGACCGUUAAGGCCCUUGGGACUCUUGUUAGACUUAUUUAUCACAUGAGAUAUCCACUCUAGUUUUGAUUUGCUAUAAAUGUCAUUGAUGAAACCAGAUAUAUCAAAUACCAGUAAAUUGAAUAAAGCUGACGACUGUGUACUGGUAGAUAAAGAACAGUGAUAUAAAUGUAUGAUAAUACAUAUAUUAUUUUCACUGUAAUUGAGGACUGAACACAAUAUUUUAGGAGUUAAUUUAAACAGUUGUCUCACGUUAAUUGUUGUGCUAAAUCAUGCUUAAUUGAAGUUUCCUAGUAUUGUAGUCAGUUGCAUGUUUGAGUGUCACUUUGUCAAUCCAGUUUAAAUAAUUCUUCAACUAAGAAUGUUUAAAGUCAUUUUGGUAGAUUCCCAAAUUAAAAUUUGUCUAUGAUCUGCUAAUUUCAUAUCCAAUGAUGUCAAUUGUAAGUGUUUUACUGUGGAAUGAAAGCAAUAUUCUGGAUAUGUAGCAUUUAAUGAUGUAAACAGUUUCCUAUGCAAAUGUUCCUCAUGAUUUGUAAUGUUGCUUAUACAAAAGUUAAUUGUACAAGGUUUCUCUUAUGAAAAGAUUUCUUGUUUCUCUAACCUCUAUAAAUGUAUAACUGUAUCCCUGGCAUACAUAUUGUCAAUAUGACACUGACAGCAUUUGGCAUUAAUUUUCUCAUGAUACCGUUUAUGGGAGAACAUUUUUAUUUUCAGCUUGCCAUGAAAAUAUUUGUCUUUGCAUAGUGUUAAAUCCAACCUAAAAAAAUGAUAUAUAUUUCAGCGUUUACUGAAAUCUUGACCCUGUGUUUUAUUUCACCUUAUUGAGGCAAAGGUGAAUAUUAAACUACUGCAAACAUUUCCCAAUAAACCGUAAUUAAAACCCAUUAAUGAUUUCUGGUAGAGCUUAUGGCUCCUUAGAUUUACUGUGAUUUUGCUUCUAUUUUCAAACAUUUGCCUUGUAGUUUUUAUUUUAUUUUUUUAUAGAAGUGGGAGUAAAAAAGUUUACUAUUUUGUAAUAAUGAACAGAUAGAGAAAUUCUCACAUGAUCUAAUUGGGGAAGAGAAGUCUUAGUUCUAAGUCUAGUUGUAUACCCUCUGCUGGACACAUGUAUAUUCUAUCUGUCUAUCAGGUACAGAUUCACUACCACAGCUCAUUAAUACAAAUUCUUUAUAUCUUUCAAAUGAUGCUGAUUUAGAGAUCUGUAUCUGAUGCACUUCUGUAUUUCAUUCAUUGUCAGUUACAGAACACUGUUACAUUAAUGGUAUGUCGCUUCAGUCUAAAUUGGAAUGUUGGUUUAACAUGCUCUAUUACAUCGCUGAAAUUUUGGACGUUAUCAAUUUGUUUAACACUGCAUGAGCAGAUGUUCAGUAGUAUUGCUAAGUCCCUGUUCACGUGUACCUGAUCCACAGCAGUAUUCUUACAUUAUGGAUCAUACAAUCUUUGAAGACAGCAAGGUAUUCAUUUGUUGUACGUUUUUUCCCUUAUGAAAAACAUGUAUGUGUAGAACAAAUAAAUAUGUUAUAUUUA